UAAGCCCUGCUUUUAUAUCAUGUGCAAUUCCAUUGUAAAUUAUCAGUUGUAGUUAUAUAGGAUAGAGCAGUGGUUCUCCUUCUUUUUGGUACUGAGACCCAUCUUCCCCAUUUAGCAAAAUAGGAAGGGCAGGGUGGUCAUGACCCUCUGACAUCUGGCUGUGAACCCCAGGAUAGCGAAUCUCUGGUAUAGACGACCAUUAUCCCACUUUUUAUAUAUAUAUUAUCCCACUCUGAAAAGGUUGUGACUGCAGGAGCUGUUAAAUUCUCUAGCCUGUUUGAAUUGCUCAAUCUGAUUUUUUUUUUAAUCAGUCAUAUGGGAGGAAGUAGAGCCUAGUAAUUAAAGCACAGGACUGGCCUCUGGAGUGCUGAGUCCUAUUACCACCUCUGUCACAGACUUGCUUGGUGACCUUGAGGAAUUCACUUCAUCUCUUUGUGCCCUGGUUUCUCUUACUCACUGUGCUACAGUAGAACCUCAGAGUUACGAACACCAGAGUUACGAGCUGACCGGUCAACCACACACCUCAUUUGGAACGGGAAGAGACAAAAAAGCAGCAAAUACAGUACAGUUCUGUGUUAAACAUAAACUACUAAAAAAGGGAAAGUUUAAAAUAAAGAUUUGACAAGGCCAGUGCAAAAUGAACACUUCUACUAGUGAACCAGAGAUGGAGAUACAGACAACAACGUAUUACUAUGAACAGGAUGAUGCAGUACCAUGUUCAAAUGAUGUCAAACAAUUUGCAUCCCUGUUUCUGCCACCGCUUUAUUCCUUAGUGCUGAUAUUUGGCCUGGUGGGCAAUGUGCUAGUUGUGCUGAUCCUGAUAAAAUACAAGAGGCUGAGAAGCAUGACUGACAUCUAUCUGCUGAAUCUGGCAAUUUCCGAUUUGCUUUUUAUUCUUUCCCUGCCAUUUUGGGCUUACUAUGCAGGACAUGAGUGGGAUUUUGGAAAUGCAAUGUGUAAAAUUCUUUCAGGGGUCUAUUAUGCUGGCUUCUACAGUGGAAUGUUUUUCAUAAUACUUUUGACAAUAGACAGAUAUCUGGCCAUUGUCCAUGCAGUGUUUGCUUUAAAAGCUAGGACAGUUACCUAUGGCAUCCUCACAAGUGUUGUCAUUUGGGGUGUUGCAAUAUUAGCCUCUCUUCCAGGGUUAAUAUUUCAUAGUGUUCAAAAGGAAGGUCCUCACUGGACUUGCAGCUCUCAUUAUCCAUCAAAUUAUGAAAAAGAAUGGAGGCAAUUCCUGAUUUUAAAGAUGAACAUCCUAGGACUUGUCAUUCCAUCUGUCAUUAUGAUCUUCUGCUACAUUGAAAUUAUAAAAAUAUUACUGAGACGUAGGAAUGAGAAAAAACACAAGGCAGUCAGGCUUAUUUUUAUCCUAAUGAUUGUUUAUUUUAUCUUCUGGACACCAUACAACAUCAUUGUUCUCCUGUACACUUUUCAAGAUUCAUUUUCCCUAAAUAACUGUGACAGCAGCAGUCAGCUGGAGCUAGCAAUCCAAGUGACAGAAGCGAUUGCAAUGUUCCACUGUUCUAUCAACCCCGUGAUCUAUGCCUUCGCUGGUGAAAAAUUUCGGAAAUAUCUUUCUACCUUUGUCCAAAAAGACAUUGCAAUCUACCUCUGCAAACCGUGUCCAGCUCUUCAUGGUGAUAAAUUAGAACGGGUUAACUCCACAUAUACCCCAUCCACUGCAGAGCAUGAUAUCUCCAUUGGUUUGUAAAGUGCAUUAGAAAUGUAGCCAGUAAAAGUUUCAUCCUCCUUUUAACUUAAAAUGUUGCCCUUAAGAACUGUACAGUUACCAGUCACAGUAGCUAAUUUUUUUGUGGCAUUGCAGCAUUUUUUUGUGUGGCAUUCUCAUUCUCUGUGCAGUGAAUGCUACCAACUCCACAGGAAUUCUAAAUACUGCUGUUUGAUAAGCAUCCAUUUCAACAUGGAAUCCAAUAUAAUAAGAUUUUGUUCUCUGGAUGUUGACCAAUGAACAAAGUGUCAGUGUGAUUUCCUCAGGAAAUAUAAUUCAGAAGAUGGUGCAAAGAGGGCAGAGAAUGAGGUAUGUCCUCUUUCAUGAACCAGUUACCUAUAUGCAAAGACCACAAGGAAAACUCUGGGAGGAAGGCAACUAUAGGAGAGUGUCUUGGUUAUUUAUAUGGGGCUUGAUGUGCCUUGUUUUACUUCAACACUUUUCAUUAAUGGGAAUUUAUGACAAAAACAGCUUUGCAACAAAAUAAUAAAAGGAUCUAAAAUUACCAGGAAUUUUAAAAGUUAGUGUUUUUUUCAUAAUAUAAUCAACUACCUAUAUGGUCGGGGGAGGUUAAUGUACAAGCUAUGCUUCUACCCUAUUUUUCACACAGGGCAGGAAGCCUUCUUAAAUUGCCAUGAAAAAGAGGGUUUGGAUAAACAGGUGAAUAAAAGAUUGUGCACAUUUCUGUUGAGGGAUAUGACCGACCUUCUGUUAACCAGAAUUGCAGCAAACAGGUCUAUUCUAUUAAUCAGUGACUAUUUCUUUAAAAUAAUCCUUUCCCCUUGAUGGUUGCAUUACAUUAAAUUAUUUAGAAUUCAGUUUUAUGCAUGAAAUUAAAACAUUCAAUUACUUAUAUCUUUAAGGGAUAACUUUCUUUAAAGGGGCUGGGACAGAGUGUGAAUAAUCUUAGGCUGACUCACCACUUAGUAAGCAUCCUUACAUGGGGCAAAUUAGGGAAAUAAUUGGCGAACAACUAAAUGAUUAACCAAUUAACCAAGUGGCUCAUCUCAUCAGCUGAGGACAGCUAAAAGAGAAAUAGGAAGAGGGGAGAAGGGUAGGCUGCAAGGGAAGACCUGAGAAGUCAUGAGUCUCAAAAAGGUAAGAAAGAUCUCUUCUCCCCACACCACCCUACUCCUAGGAGUGUAGUAGAGAGAGAGACCCUGGAGCACAGGGCCUGGUGCAAGACCUGAGGCCUGAACCACAGUUAACAAAGGCAGGAAAUACUAUGAGCCAAAGUCAAGCCCUGUCAUAAAUCAAAUGCCUGCUUACAAAUUCACUGUCCAGUACCUGAACUUGGCAAAAACAUGGCUGGCAUUGCUAAAACACAAAUGCUCCUAAGUACUGGGCACUGAGUAUUCAUGUAAACACAUCCCAAAGUACUAGUACAGGUACACCCCAAUGUAGAGUUAUGGUAUAAAUAAAAUCCUGGGAGAUGGUACAGGAACACACCGACCCACAGUAAAAACAAGGAUAGGAGGACAGAAUGAUGGGUGGAGAUGUUUUGUUUGAACCAGUAGGUACAAGGGGUAGUGUUGGUAACAUGUUGGUAAUACAUCUGGAGUGUAAUAAGAGUGUAAUAUAUAACUUAUUUGUAU